ACGUAUCGCAGCCAAUGAGGCGUCUACGUAUUCAUGUCUAUGGUUGUACCAUUGUAUGUUGUGUUUUAUUCUUCUGGCAAUGCAUUUAUUACGAUUGAAGGUCAAAGGUGUAACGGCAGAAAGAGAAAAGCAAGUCAGGCAAUAAUGCGGACGUCAAGGAAGGGGUCUUUCAGUCGAACGUGCGCUUGUUUGGAUUGCGUCACGAACACGUGUGUUCAGCAGAAGCUCAGUCAGAACGCAUCGCAGGUUUAUAUCCAGAGUUUUAUGCGUCUCCAACAUGGGCAGGAAAAACAGACCCAGACAAAGAGCUCAGCAGAACAGAGACGGAAGAGCAGAGGGGAAGAGAAGCAGAGAUGACGCUGGCUGGGGAGCUGGAUACUCCGAGAUCAUCAAGGAAAACAAACUCUUUGAGCAUUACUACACAGAGCUGAAGAUCGUUCCCGAGGGAGAGUUUGAGGAGUUCAUGCAGGCCAUGAGAGAACCGCUGCCAGCUACAAUGCGCAUCACUGGAUACAAGAGUCACGCCAAAGAAAUCCUUCAUACUCUUAAAGAGAAAUACUUCAAAGAAGUUCAAGAUCUGGAGGUGGAUGGGCAGAAGAUUGAGGCUCCUCAGCCCUUAAGUUGGUAUCCUGAUGAACUGGCGUGGCACACGAACCUGAGCAGAAAGAUUCUGCGCAAAUCUCCGCUCCUGGAGAAAUUCCACCAGUUCUUGGUCAGCGAAACUGAAUCGGGGAAUAUUAGCAGGCAGGAAGCAGUCAGUAUGAUUCCUCCUCUUCUAAUGAAAAUUGAGCCUCAACAUAAGAUUCUGGACAUGUGUGCAGCUCCAGGAUCAAAGACUGCUCAACUAAUCGAGAUGCUUCACUCUGACAUGGACAUACCUUUCCCUGAGGGUUUUGUAAUUGCCAAUGAUGUGGAUAACAAGCGCUGUUACCUGCUGGUCCACCAGGCCAAGAGAUUGAACAGUCCGUGUAUUAUGGUGGUCAACCAUGACGCCUCUAGCAUUCCACGUCUGUACUUUGAUCAGGACGGGAAGAAGGACAUCCUGUUUUAUGACCGGAUCCUGUGUGAUGUACCCUGCAGUGGAGAUGGAACAAUGAGGAAAAACAUUGAUGUGUGGAAAAAAUGGACAACCAGCAACAGCCUGCAGCUCCACGGGCUGCAGAUCAGGAUCGCAGUGCGAGGUGUGGAGCAGCUGGCAGUAGGGGGCAGGAUGGUGUACUCCACCUGCUCUCUGAACCCCAUCGAGGAUGAAGCCGUCAUCGCUGCCCUGCUGGAGAAGAGUGAAGGUGUUUUUGAGUUAGCUGAUGCUUCUGCAGAUCUCCCAGGACUCAAAUAUAUGCCUGGAAUUACAUCUUGGAAGGUAAUGACCAAAGAGGGUCAGUGGUUCUCUGACUGGUCAGAGGUGCUGAAAAGUCGUCACACUCAGAUCAGACCCACCAUGUUUCCACCAACAGACCCAGAGAAGCUGGCCAGUAUGAAGCUGGAGAGAUGUAUGAGGAUAUUGCCCCAUCACCAGAACACUGGCGGGUUUUUUGUGGCUGUGUUGGUGAAGAAGGCGCCCAUGCCAUGGAACCGCCGUUACCCAAAGAUUUGUCAUAAGGAUGUGAGCUCCUCCAGUGAGCUGGCUCCUGCAGAGGAGCUGCAGAUGGGGGAGUGUCCCGCUGACGCCCCUGUGGAAGCAGUGGAGGGCGAGAGUCCUGCAGAGGGAAACCCGUCUGUCCCAGAUACUCCUGACCUCUUAGAGGUCAAGAAAGAUGAUGUCUGUGGCCCCCCUCCUCCAAAGAAGAUGAAACUCUUUGGCUUCAAAGAGGAUCCUUUUGUGUUUCUGACAGAGGAUGACCCCAUCUUCCCUCCCGUCCAAGCUUUCUACGACCUGUCUCCAGAUUUCCCCAAGCUGAACGUAUUGACUCGCACCCACGAAGGAAAGAAGAGGCACCUGUACAUGGUGUCCAAAGAGCUCCGCAAUGUUCUGCUCAACAACAGCGAGAGAAUGAAGGUUAUAAACACAGGCGUGAAGAUCUGGUCCAGAAAUACUGAUGGAGAACAGUUUGGUUGUGCUUUCAGACUGGCUCAGGAGGGUGUUUACACGCUGUGUCCCUACAUCAGAGCCCGAAUCCUCAACAUCAGCGUGGAGGACGUGAAGGUGCUCCUCACGCAGGAGAACCCCUUCCUCAGCAAGCUUGGAGAUGAUGCUCACAAUCAGGCCAAGAAACUUGGAAUGGGCAGCAUUGUUUUAAGAUACCUACCAGAUCCGAAGGAUCUUAAUGCUCCUCAGUGCCCUAUAGAUUUGUGCGGCUGGAGGGGAAAAACUUCCAUCAGGGCUUUCGUCCCACGUAAUGAGCGUCUUCAUUACCUCCGUAUGGUGGGGGUGGAAGUCUUCCGUGACAAACAGGGCAAGAGGAACGACGGUUCAACAGAAAUCCCAGAAGGAAGCGCAGAAGAUGCAGAGGGACUGAGCCAAGAGGCAGAUCUCUUAGAACAGGAAGGUGAAGAAAUGGAGCAAAAUGGCUCAGAGUCCAACGCUAAUGGACCAGAACCUAUUGGCAGCACUUGUGAUGGGUCUGCGAGUUAGUUAUCUAAGCGAUUAGUAUGGGACAGGAGAAGAAUGAAAGGCUCCACCAGGCCUUCUGUGUUUUUUCCAGACUGCACACUUGUACAGGAGCGCCUGGUUGGGUAACCUCUGAAGAACUGAUCUGGAAACAAAUGGAUGGUUUUUAUUUUAUCAGAGCUUUUUUUUUUAAAUAUUGAUUAAAGCAUUUGCUGUUGGAUAUGUUUUUAUAGUUUGUUGCUGUUCAAGUGACAAAGUUAAUGAAAUCACAUUUGUUACUCAUUUUGCGUUAAUAAUGUCUAAGGCAUUUCAUUUUCUCAGAUGCUUGAUUUACAUGAUUUACACAUUGUACAUUAUGCCAGUUUGUUCAUUGUUACAAUACUUGAAAUAAACUGCGUCCAUAUUUCA